GAGAGAAUGUCAAAAUUGAAUAAGAAAACUUUUAGAAAAGUGGGUUUAUCUACAAAAUUCUUUAAUUUUCGUAAUUAAAUAGUGAAAAUCCCAUCUAUUUAAAGUUCAUACAUAAUCAUAAAAGUGUUGUGAUCAAGAAUAUUCGCAAUGUUAUACAAUUGAAAAGCAUUUUCCUAUGAAAACAUAACAGACGCCACCACGGUGCAGUUUUCCUGAAAAAAAAUCUGUACCAAUAGUCACUAGCCAUGGAAGUUAUGGACAUGAGCUGUGACUACGAUCUGAGCACAAUUUGUCGGUCGUGUCGGAAAGAGCACCGCAACAUGCAACCCAUCUUCGACAACUUGCAAGGUAAUGGUCUAUCGCUGCAGGAAAUGAUGUCCCUUUGUACUCAGCUGCAGAUUCACUUCAACGAUGGCAUGCCCCAGCAAUUGUGCCCUCCGUGCGUCACGGAUGUCAACACGGCGUACAACUUUCGAAAGCAAUCCGAGCAGACCGAUCGCUUGCUGCGUGAUUACCUCUCCCGAAGAGACUUGGGUACAUCCGGAGUUGAUGGCGUUAUCAAGGUGGAGCUGUUCGAAAUCAAACCGGAAAUUACGCUGGCUGACGCAGAUCCGUUGAUCGGAGAAAAGUGCUUUGCCGUGGCGCUGGGGGAUGGGAUUCAGGCCAUAGACGACAAUGAUGGAGGGUUGAUAGAAGCUCUGGAUGACGAUGUGGACGAUACGAUUCAGGUUGACUAUGGCGGAAAUAGUGACCACGAUAGCACGAUAGAAUAUGAGGUGGAACAGCUUGACGAGUUGAUUGAGGAGGAGGCAGUGUUGGAAGAGGAAAAGCCACGGAAGAACCAAACGCGCGGCAGAAAAGGACACGGUUAUACAAGGAUAGAGGGUGGGAAGUUUGCAUGUGAUUCGUGCGAUAAGGUGUUCACGGAUAGGCGUGGUAUUACGAAUCACGUCAAGCAGCAUGAACCCAAGGAGGCCAAGUUGAAGGAGUGUCCGACUUGUGGACAAAUAUUCACUUCCGCCUACCAUUUGUCCAGGCAUGCAAAGAUCCACGAGGAGGAUGUCCAGUGUGAACAGUGCGAGAAGAAGUUUCCAAUCGAUAACUAUGAGGAGUACAAACAACAUAUGGAGCAGGAGCACCCGGGGGUUCAACUUAUUCCUCAAAAAAAAAUCGAAACCAAUGUUUUGGAUCCGGACAGACCUUAUCGUUGUAGAAAAUGUCGAAUGCAGUUCAUUCGUAAAACUCAUCUUAAUCGUCACAUGCUUUGCCAUAGUUCGCUUAGGAAGCACAAGUGCGAUCAUUGUCAGAAAAGGUUCCGCCGAAAGGAUCAUCUACAGAAGCACCUGCAGACCCAUUUUUCAAUAAAGAAAAGUAUGAGAAAAAAUAAAACACAGCCGGUUCUCGAGAUAGGGUUGCAAACAAAAUCCGAGACGAUUAGAGACACUUCGGGUGCUGAAAGGGUUGAACCUAGUGUAAAACUGUGUCCAGUUUGCGGUAAAAGCUUCGGCAGAACGUACCAUCUGAAUCGACACCUGAGUUUGCACGCUUCCAAACCGGAAAUCUUCGAGAGAAGGAUUCACAUAGGGGCCAAAGUAACCGAAGCAGUAAUUUCGGAAAUUCUUUCAAAGAAGAUCGUGCACUGUACGAUUUGCGAUAAAAGCUUUGGUAGGUCUUAUCAUCUGAAACGCCAUAUGAAGCAACAUGGCAUAGACGCCUUUCGCAGAGGUCCAUCGAAGGAUGAGCAGAACAUCAUAAAGUAUGAAAAAACGGAACGAGAAUUGACCGAUCUGGGACUGUCUCUAACGGCAGAAAUGGUUGCCGAGCGGGGCAAGAUGGAGGCAAUCUGCCGCAUUUGCGAUACGACAUUCGAUAGAAUUUCUGAGCUGCGGAGCCAUCUUCGGACCCACGCGGAUCCGAAAACUUUUGCCGACGUGAACAUCCACACCAAACCGUAUUUGUUUGAGGAUGGUUACGUUCAGGAGAACUAUCUGGAUUACUUGGUCCAACAGGUUUGUAAGUGGGACGUAUUUCGGUUCCAUCAGAUAGUAGAUCCGGAUGGGGAAGAGCUGGAACUGAGUGACUCCGAUUCGGAGAUAGAGAAUGAGGAGCAACCUAUCGAAGGGAUCGUCCGCAGAGAACACAUAUGUGGACUGUGCAGCCAAAGUUUUCCCCGGAGAAAACAAAUCAUGGAUCACGCUAGAGAUCAUCACAAACCGGAAGAACUGUUUGCCUGCCGACAAUGCUCACGAGGGUUUCCGAGCACUGAGCUCGUAUUGCGCCAUAUGAAGCAGCAAUGUCAAAAUCAGCAGAAGAAAUUCCUGUGCACCUUCUGUAACGAAAAAUUCAUGUGGCAAACCAGUUUGAACAAACAUGCCAAAGUCAAGCACAAACCCGCCAGACCACUGUGGAUCAAAGCUGAACCGACUGGCGAGGAGGAAAAGAAGUACGUAUGUCAGGUUUGCUGCAAGGGUUUCCAACGGUUGGAGCACCUCGAGCGGCACAUUAAGAUCCACAUCCCGUCGGAGAAGAAAUUUGAAUGCAGCCAGUGCCAUAAGAAGUUCAACCGGAAGGACAACCUUCGGUCGCAUAUGAAGAUUCACAAGAAAAAAGUGGAGGAAGAUGUCGCCGAGAAGCAGAACCAACUUUGUGUGUAUUGUGGCCGGGCAUUUUCCAACUCGUCCAACCUGAUAGUUCAUCUGCGGCGACAUACCGGCGAGCGGCCGUACAAAUGCGACAUUUGCGAUAAGGGUUUCCCACGUUCUUCGGAUUUGCAGUGUCAUCGUCGAACACACACCGGCGAAAAACCAUGCUUGUGCACUAUCUGUGGAAAGGGAUUCUCGCGAUCGAACAAGCUCGUCCGUCACAUGCGAAUACACACCGGGACUAGGCCAUAUGCAUGCACCUAUUGUGACCGUUCAUUCACCCAGUCGAACGAUCUGACAUUGCACAUUCGUCGUCACACCGGAGAGAAACCGUACGUCUGCGGAGUGUGCAACGAACGUUUCAUCCAGGGAACGGCGCUCAAGGCCCACCAGCGAAUAACGGGCCACUUCGACGAUGGUUCCACGCAACCGGAGCGAUUCGCCAGCAUCAGCGUCAACAAUCCGAAUCGAGUGGAGAACAAUGGCCCUAAGGCCGGUCGCUCGAGUUCAGGGUGCAACGUUGAAGUCAUACCCAAAGUGGUAAAACCGGUCAAGUCACGCAGGAAAGCAAAAACGACAGCAAGCAGUAGCACCAGCGUCAGCACUCAGCCCAUGGUGAGUGAACCGCCGGCUACCGUCGUCACAUCACCACCCACGUUGACAAUUAGUAGCGCGCCGACAUCGCCGGGCGAGAGCAGCCCCAACGGCAGCAGAGCUCCUACCCAUCAUCCUUCGCUAGGGUUGAACAAUUUAUCCGGAGCACCGCAUGGUUACGUUCCGGUGCCCUACAUGAUGCAGAACUAUGAUCUCGCCUCGUCGGGGCUGUUUUCGCAGAAUUUUAGUCAACCGUAAUAGUUUAGUUUUUAACCGAGUACUUUGUCUUGUUCUAUGCAUUACAACUCAUUGUCUGAACCUACUAUUUAUAGCUUGGUAAACUUAUACUCAAAUAAGAUUAAAUACCUAUGGAUAAUAAUAAAAGCGGCAAAACCAGUUAAGCUUCCAA